AAUCCAUUUUCACCAUGAUAGGCAAUCUGAAGAGACUUGUUUUAACCCAAACAAAGCUGUCCAAGCUUUCUGCACCUACCCAUCAACCCAAAUCCCAUGUCCACACUCGCCUUAAACCACCCAAAGCAAACCAGACCUUGAAAAGAUGCCUCGACUCCAAUUGCAACACCAAAGCCAUCCUUCUGUUUAGAGAAUUAAUAAAACACGGCCCUUCUUCUAUUGAUAGCUUCUCUUUCGUAUUUGUCUUAAAAGCUUGCACCAAAAAGCCUUUCACACUCGAAGGCAAACAAUUACAUGCCCAACUCAUAAAACUUGGUUUUCACUCCAUUAUUCACCUCCAAACACUGCUAAUUCGCUUCUACUCGGCGUCAGGGAACCUUCUUGAUGCACACUACAUGUUUGAUGAAAUACCCACCAAGAACAUUGUUUCCUGGACCGCCUUGAUUUCGGCUUAUGUUGCCAACCAGAAACCCCAAAAUGCUGUAGAGCUAUUCAGGAAGAUGCAAAAGCUCAAUGUGGAACCUGACCAAGUGACCGUAACGGUUGCUCUCAGUGCCUGUGCUGAUCUUGGGGCACUAGAAAUGGGAGAAUGGAUUCAUGCAUACGUUGGGCGAAAGCCGGAGCUCAAGGCAGACUUGAGCCUUAAUAAUGCUCUCAUAAACAUGUAUGCAAAGUGUGGUGAGAUAAAAACUGCAAGGGAAUUGUUUGAUAGCUUAGGAGAAAAGGAUGUCACAACGUGGACUUCCAUGAUCGUUGGACAUGCAUUGCAUGGACAAGCGAAUGAAGCUCUUCAGCUUUUUGGAAAAAUGGAAGAAAUAAAGCAAAAGAAUGGCAAGAGUCGGGACGAGGGUAAUCGGGAAAGUUCAAUAAUUCUUCCCAAUGAUGUUACUUUUAUCGGGGUUUUGAUGGCUUGUAGCCAUGGAGGAAUGGUCGAGGAAGGGAAGAAAUAUUAUCAAAGUAUGAGUGAAGAUUAUGGUUUGAAGCCUAGAGAUGUUCAUUUUGGUUGCAUGGUUGAUAUCUUUUGCCGAGCUGGGCUGCUAAAAGAAGCUUAUGAGUUCAUUUUGGGGAUGCCAGGUCAGGCUAAUGCGGUGAUCUGGAGGACAUUGCUAGGAGCUUGUAAUCUCCAUGGAGAAAUUGAGCUUGGCGAAGAAGUUAGGUGCCGGCUGCUGGAGUUGGAGCCAGGACAUGUUGGGGACAGUGUUGCUAUGUCCAAUUUCUAUGCUGCCAAAGGGAUGUGGGAUAAGAAAGUGACAGUGAGAGAUCAGAUAAAGCAGAGAAGGGCACCUGGUUGUAGUUCAAUUGAGGUGGCUUGUGAGAUCAGUGAGUUUGUCUCUGCAGAUGAUGAUCAUCCUUUAGAGGCUGAGAUAUGCGAAGCCCUCAAAUAUUUGACUGUAAGUAUUAAAGCAUAUGGUUACUCUCCUGAAAUUUCAAGCCUGGCAGAGUACUGAUCUAGAAAUGCUUCCAAUUUGGGGCACAAGAAGCCUAAGGUGGCUUAUUCUUUUAUGGUGGAAUCAUGAGAUAUUGAGCAAACCAAGUGCA